CCAAAAUAAUACAGCUACUGUUAUCACCGGCUAGGAGAAUAUAAUUUUUUUUUUUAAUUAAUACCAGAGAUGUUUUCACGAAAUCUACGAAUAUUUGUAACAAAAAGAUUAGAACGUCUUCCAAAUAGACGAUGCGAAAGCAAUAAAGCUCCUAUUGGCAGUGCAACUGCAGCUUCAGCACAAAAUGAACAGCCGCACUCUAAACUGUUACAAAAUAUGUUGCAAGGUGAUGCCGAGGAGGAGGUUAGGCAAAAAACAGACCCCAAAGAAACAUCAAUUAUACUAUUUCCUGGUCAAGGUACACAAUAUGUGGGAAUGGCAAAUAAACUGAUGCGGUUUCCAGAGGCGAGAAGAAUCUUUGAAUUGGCCAACGAUGUUUUGGGCUACAAUUUGCUGAAACUGUGCCUGGAAGGUCCAGUUGAGAAAUUAAAUCGUACAGAACAUGCUCAACAUGCAGUAAUGGUGUCCUCGCUGGCAGCACUGGAGCAAUUAAAAGAAGAACGCCCCAAGGCCAUUGAUACGUGUGUGGCAACAGCUGGUUUUAGUUUGGGGGAAAUAACCGCUCUUGUCUUUGCCGGUGUAAUACCAUUCGAUAAAGCCUUGAAAUUGGUGCAAGUUAGAGCGAAUGCCAUGCAAUUGGCUUGUGACCAGGUGGCCGGGGGCAUGGCAAUGGUACUGUAUGCGCCCGAUACAGAAAUUGGUGCCGCUUGUGCAAAGGCCAAGCAGUGGUGUGUCGAUAAGGGUGUUGAAAAUCCAUAUUGUGGAGUUGCCAAUUAUAUGUAUCCCCAUUGUAAAGUACUAGCGGGCAACAUAGAAGCAUUGGAAUUUUUAGAGAAAAAUUCAAAAGCCCUAAAAAUAAGGCGAAUGAAACGUUUACCAGUUAGCGGUGCUUUCCACACACCACUUAUGGAGGCGGCUGUGGAAACAUUUGCAAAAGCUUUAAAGAAAAUUACUUUAGAGGAACCGCUUAUACGAGUCUAUUCGAAUGUCGAUGGUAAACCCUAUAAACAUGUUGGUCAUAUAUUAAAACAACUGCCAAAACAGAUUGUCCGACCUGUCAAAUGGGAACAAACUUUGCAUGAAAUGUACGAACGUCAACAGGGCCAAGAUUUCCCCAGAACCUUCGAAUGUGGUCCAGGCAAAGGUCUAACACAAAUUUUGGAAAAAGUAAAUGGGAAAGCAGCAAAUACGGCCAUAAGCAUAGAAGCUUGAAAGGACGUUAUUUGGUCUUUGGUCUUGUUAAAAAAUAAAAUAGUUGUGAUUGACAUUUUUAGAACUUCCUAUUAAAAUA